AUAUGGUAUGAAGUCGCUCGGUUUGUCUAAAUCAUUAUGCAAACGACUGUAACGCGGAGGCGACGAUGCUGGAAGCUUCUAAGUAGCACUGAAGGGAGCUUAUACGUAACUGAAGAGGCAUGCGGGCAUGGACUCGGGCAUUAGCGCUGACAGCUGAGUUAUGCAUACUCAGUCUUUAUCUCCAUGCUGCCUUCCUUUUAUACCGCAUCGAAGUGGGUAAUAGCCUGAGGCAUCCCGUGUGUGCCACACCAACGUGGAUGCGGAGGCCUACUUACAAUCAAGGGCGGACGGAAGUUAACUGUUUCGCUCAUGUGCCUCCAUCCCAUAUACCGUCAACACGCGUUCAACUCAGCGGUUGUUCAAAUAGGUCUAGAGCGGCUAAUACCCCAUUCUCGCUAUGGUUCUCCCUCAAUGGUCAUCCUAGUGGGAGAUGUGCAGUAUGUACUAGUACAUAGUAAUUUCAAUCAGUUCUUAAUAGUGUCUGAAUAUUCCACUGUGUAGCUCCAGUGAUUCCGAUAAACAACAAAUCUCUCUCACAGCUGUCCAGGAUUUCUUCCUCCAUUGUUCCGCUCCCAUGUGAGCAUCGAUUAAGAAGGCAGUGGGGCUUGGACUCGUGAUCACAAUUGGUAGUAAUACUCGCGUGAUUGAUCGCCAUGUCUAUCUGCUACUACCAC